GCCUCCAUCGUCCGUCAUCAUCGACUUUGCCAUCGCUCUCUGACCUCGUCUACCACUCGAUUCCAGUUCCGAUUCUGAUUUUGAGGUCUCCUUUUCUGCCUUAUCUCAUCGCAACCAGUGCUCGCCACCUCUCUUCUCCUUCUCUCCGAUCGGUAAGAGUUUUCAUAUAUUUCCAUUUUUGUUGUGUUCUUGACUUCUUUAUUUUCAACCAAGAGGAUCCACAAUCUAUGCACCAUACACUGCAACAUCAAAGAAGCCCUUCGCCUCCUCGACUUCCUUUGCCUACCUGGCUACCUCCUGGAUUCCCUUAAUCUCAGUAGCAUUAUUCACACCCUUUGCAACCCCAACUGAUUCCCAGAGGCUCACCAUCGUUUUCUUCUAUCCUUAGCUUCUGGUUAGCCCCUGAUGAGCGCACCUAUAAUGUAAUAAUUGCUUGGUUACUAGAUUCCAGAACCCCACAGAGCACAUUUCAUGUUAUACGGUCUAUACUUGAUGUAAAGCCCGAGUUUGUGCCUUCUUUGAUUAGCUAUAAUCAUUUGAUCGACCAGUUUUGUACGGUUUAUUCUAUAAAUGUGGCACAUAGGUUGUUUUUUGAUAUGACGAACAAGGAUCAUUGUCCUAAUGCUGUUACGUAUACUACUGUGAUAAAUGGGUAUUGUAAAAUUGGUGACUUGGGCACUGCGCACAAGCUGCUCGACGAAAUGCGUGAGUGUGGUGUGGUGCCCAAUUCGCUCACUUAUAGCGUGUUGAUUCGCUUGGUGUUUAGAAGGCGAGAUGUUGAAUAUGGGAGGGAGUUGAUGCGCAAGCUAUGGGAGAGAAUGAAGGACGAAAAUGAUCCCAGUUUGAACACUGCGGCCUUUGCCAAUCUCAUUGAUUCUUUGUGUAGAGAGGGGUUCUUCAAUGAAGUUUUCAGGAUUGCAGAGGAAACACCUCAAGGAAUAAGUGUGAAUGAGGAACUUGUUUAUAGGCAUAUGAUUGAUGCUCUUUGUAGAGCUGGAAGGAACCAUGGGCCUGAGUGGUUGCCUAGGGAAGUUGGACCCCUCAGCAGUACUUAGUCAGAACUCUUCUUAAAUCUUGCCACAUAUCCCUGUCUUUUCACUAAUGUCUACCAACCCAACUCCUUAGACUAAAUUUCUCCUAAAUUAUAGCAGUUACUCGUUUGACUCAAAUCAAAUUGGCAAUUAAAU